AUGACAGCAAAGCUCAGGCGUAGCAACACUGUCAAACGUCAAUGCCCCGCCGUCUGUCACCCGCGCACCAUUACAUCCGCUUUGGCGUCUCCCCGCCCUGUACCGAUCCACUGACCAUCCGCAAGGGCAUCCAAGAUGCUCUCGGGCAGUCUUUCGGGCUCGUGUCCUCUCAUACGUAUCUCGAUAUCAUCUGGCUUGCGGAUGAUGGCACCGCGCUCGUUGUCAGAAUAGGACCAAGCGAUGCACCGAAGCUCCUCGCGGCUGUCGCAGCUGCUAGCGCGGUACCAAGGUUGUCCCUGGUGAAGAAGUCAACGUUUCUACCGUCCCUCCUCAGUACCGCUGGUAUCUUGUCAUGACGCAGGUAUUGCUGCGCAUUCUUGAGCACGGGGUACGGGAGCAAUCAGCUUUUCUAGCGACCACCGCGGGAGGCAAAACGAUGCGAUAGGGAGCAAGCCGUCCUGAAGAUCUACUGUAUCCAGCCAUCAUUGCACGUGACUGGAGGGUAUCACCGAACGGCCUGCGAAGGGCUCCCGAUGUGCGAUGCUGCAAUGCUAUCUAAUGAUCCAGACGUGCGGGUGGUGUGUCCACAAGAGUGGAGAUUUAGGCUUCCGCCGUCAGCGCCAUCGCACAAGCUCACUGGGCGUUAGAGUGAAACUCAACCGCCAGGGCAUGUCGGUCGCGUCGGGAGGUGCUGUGAGGCAUGCUCACACCACA